AUGGCGCCCACGGCCUGCCUCCGGCUCCCCUUCCUCCCCGCCCGAGCCGGGCCACUCACUAGCGCGGACGUCAUGGAGGCGGACGGGAAGGGGCUCGAGGUUGCUUACCAGGGUUGCGCUGGGGCGUACAGAGAAGCGGCAGCAAAGAAGGCGUACCCGAAUUGUGAGACUGUGCCCUGUGAGCACUUUGACACUGCAUUUCAGGCUGUUGAAAACUGGGUAGCUGAUAGGGCAGUACUGCCACUUGAGAAUUCAUUGGGAGGUAGCAUACAUCGGAACUAUGAUCUUUUGCUUCGGCAUAGUUUGCACAUUGUUGGAGAAGUUUGCCUUGCGGCUCUUGCGCAAUGUGAGCACACAUUAACAGGACUAGGAAUUGAGCAUAGAGAGGCUGUUGAUGACACUGCUGGUGCAGCAAAGAUUGUUGCAGAACAUAUGCUCCAGGACACUGGUGCUAUUGCUAGUUCAGUGGCUGCUAAACUCUAUGGAUUGGAUGUUCUUGCUGAGAAUAUUCAGGAUGACAAAGAUAAUGUCACCCGUUUUAUGAUGCUAGCUCGAGAACCCAUCAUACCUCGCACUGAUAAACCAUUUAAGACAAGCAUAGUCUUUUCACUAGAAGAAGGACCUGGACAGCUCUUCAAGGCGCUUGCUGUAUUCGCAAUGAGGGAAAUCACAAAGAUCGAAAGUCGUCCACACAAAGAAAGGCCUCUUCGAGACUGUUCCUCACUCUUAAAGAACUUUGAUUACCUCUUUUACGUUGACCUUGAAGCAUCAAUGGCUGAUCCAAAGACCCAGAAUGCUCUUGGAAAUCUGAAGGAGUUUGCAACCUUUUUAAGAGUCCUCGGAAGCUAUCCUACAGAUUUGAAUGAACCUUAG